UCACAUUUUGAGAGAGAUAUAUAUAUAUAUUUAAGUUUGUACAGUAUUCCAAACUGAAAGAAAGACUGAUAAAUAUAAACCUUUCUUGGAUGUUGACCCACUUUUAUUUCUUCUCUCUUUGUAAAGAUCUCUGAAUUUUUUUCUCAUCCAUUUUUAGUUGACUUUCUAAGAGAAAUUUAUGUUCUUUUCUUUGUUUCUGCAGGAGUGCCAAAGAGGAGUUAUGGAGCUUUGAUUAGCUUAUAGCACUUUACAGCCGUGUCCUUUGAUAACUUUGCUUCAGUUUAGUGGAAAAGGCUUAUCUUUUAAGGAAGAGCAGUACCAUUUAUUCUGGUGUUUGGGCAUCUGUCUAUAAGUUCUGCAGUUAGAUGUCGUUCCGCAGUAUAGUUCGAGAUGUAAGAGAUAGUUUUGGCAGCUUAUCGAGGAGAAGCUUUGAUGUAAGGCUGUCUGGUCAUCAAAGGGGUAAAUCACAUGGUUCAUUUCAUGAAUUAAGCGACCACCCUCCUGUAGUCCAGAACAGUUGUUGGGCUAAUCUCCCACCCGAACUACUAUUUGACGUAAUUAGAAGAUUAGAAGAGAGCGAGAACUCAUGGCCUGCUCGUAAGAAUGUCGUAGCUUGUGCUUCAGUUUGCAGGUCAUGGAGGAUCAUGUGCCAGGAAAUUGUUACAAGUCCUGAAGUCUGUGGGAAGCUGACUUUUCCAAUAUCGUUAAAGCAGCCCGGGCCUCGUGAAGGAAUGAUUCAGUGCUUCAUCAAGAGGGAUAAAUCUAACUUGACGUACCAUCUUUUCUUGUGUCUUAGUCCUGCUUUACUAGUUGAAAACGGAAAGUUCCUUCUCUCUGCAAAGAGAACAAGGCGGACUACUUGCACGGAGUAUGUUAUCUCAAUGGAUGCAGAAAACAUCUCCAGAUCAAGCAACACAUAUGUUGGGAAAUUAAGGUCAAAUUUUCUGGGAACAAAAUUUGUUAUAUAUGACACACAGCCUCCAUACACCUCUGCAAACAUCCCCGCUCCAGGCCGCACAAGCCGCAGAUUCUAUUCGCAGAAAGUGUCUCCCAAAGUCCCAACUGGAAGCUACAGCAUAGCCCAGAUCAAAUACGAGCUAAAUGUUCUUGGAACACGGGGUCCACGGAAAAUGCACUGUGUGAUGCACUCGAUUCCUGCAUCAGCACUUGAUGUGGGCGGCUCAGUGCCUGGCCAACCAGAGCUUCUCCCAAGGUCCCUUGAGGAUUCAUUCCGAAGUAUCACUUUCUCAAAGUCGCUGCUUGAUAAUUCUACUGACUUCAGUAGCUCACGAUUUUCUGAUAUUGUUCGAGCAUCAUCAUCCAAUGCGGUGGAAGAUGAUGAUAACAAGGCAAAACCCUUGGUUCUGAAGAACAAGUCACCACGUUGGCAUGAACAACUGCAGUGUUGGUGCCUAAACUUUAGAGGACGGGUGACAGUUGCAUCUGUAAAGAAUUUUCAGUUGAUCGCCGCCAACCAACCACCACCACCACCACCACCUGCUGGGGGAGGGGGACCGACGUUGUCUCGGUCAAGUCAAGAUCAUGACAAAGUCAUCCUGCAAUUUGGCAAGAUAGGCAAAGAUAUGUUUACUAUGGAUUACAGGUAUCCCUUAUCUGCGGUUCAGGCUUUCGCUAUAUGCUUGAGCAGCUUUGACACCAAAUUGGCAUGUGAAUAGGAGCAAAAGUUGUUACAUUCAUUAGGAUGCUAAAACAAAUUUAACCGCAAUGACUUUGUUCUGGAUAUAUUGUACUUUGUUCGAAUUAGGGGGUUGUCCCUAAUGUUUCAAUCUUGUAAAAACCUGAGACACUGAUCCUGUGCUUCUUAGACAUUUAAAGACUGGAUAAGCUGCAACAUACCACAAUGUUGCUGCACAUUGGUACUCCAUGACCAGCAUGUGAAACACUUGUGCUGGGCAUGGGACUUGUAGUCUUGUUUGAUUAACUCAAAUUCUAUAGAGUACUGCAGAAUUGAAAAUUUUAAGGGUCGCACAA